AUGGGUCGCAUGCACAACCCCGGCAAGGGCAUGGCCAAGUCGGCCCUCCCGUACCGCCGCUCCGUCCCGACAUGGCUGAAGAUGACCGGCGAGGACGUCGUCGAGCACAUCUGCCGUUUGGCCAAGAAGGGUCUUCGCCCGUCCCAGAUCGGUGUCAUCCUUCGUGACUCGCACGGAGUUGCCCAGGUCCGUCGCAUCACCGGCAACAAGAUAGUCAGGCUGCUCAAGGCGAAGGGCAUGGCCCCCGAGAUCCCGGAAGACCUGUACCACCUCGUCAAGAAGGCCGUCAACAUCCGCAAGCACUUGGACCGUUGCCGCAAGGACCGUGACUCGAAGUACCGUCUCAUCUUGGUCGAGUCCAGGAUUCACCGAUUGGCCCGCUACUACAAGACCGCCAAGAUGCUCCCCCCGACCUGGAAGUACGAGAGCAGCACCGCCUCCGCCCUUAUCUCU